UUCGUAAAGAUGGCGGCGUCCUGUCUGGGUUAGUGUGUUGUGAAACAGAUCUACUGACAGUGAUAUUAAACCUUUUUUAGUAGCGUUUUUCUUUCCUGUUUGGUUGCUGUUCAAAGCGGGGUGUGAACUGCAGUAGGCUGCUUUAAAAUGCGAAGUAGCAGAGACGCCCGGAGCUGUUUUUCAUAAACUAGGCUAGUCAAAAGGUUUCAUUUUAAACGGUUGUAAUAACAUGUUUCCAGCUCCGGCGUCGCGUUUGACCCGCUUGGGGUCCGUGUCCCUCCGUGGACUGAGAUGUCUGAGCCUGUUCUCCAGCUCGGAUUCCUCCACCACUUGGAGUAAAGUGGUGUCGGACGCGGAGAAGAUCGUGGGAUAUCCUACCUCGUUCAUGAGUCUGCGCUGCCUGCUCAGCGAUGAGCUGAGUAAUGUUGCCAUGCAUGUGAGGAAGCUGGUGGGGACCCAGCACCCCUUACUCAACACCGCCAGAGGCUUCGUCUAUGACAGCAAGAACAAUCUCCAGAUGAGAGGACUGAUCGUGCUGCUUCUCUCCAAAGCUGCAGGACCCAGCCACUCAUCCUCAGAUUUCCUACCUCAGGACAUGAUCAGUGGCAUCUACCCAAGCCAGAGGAACCUGGCAGAAAUCACAGAGCUUAUCCACACAGCAUUCCUGGUGCAUCGAGGGAUCGUUAAUCUGAAGGAGUGGACGGACUCAGACGGGCCGCUGAAGGACAUGGAGUUUGGGAAUAAGAUGGCCGUCCUGAGUGGCGACUUCUUGCUGGCGAAUGCUUGUACAGGACUGGCAGAGCUCAACGACACUAAGGUGGUUGAACUGAUCUCCAGUGCCAUCGGGGAUUUGGUCCAAGGAAUAUAUUAUGAGAGUUCCUGCAGUGCUGAGGAGAGUCUCUGCGAGGGCGUCGACGUGGCGUCAUGGGAGGAUCAGACGUUUCUGUCUCACGGAGCUCUGCUAGCCAAGAGCUGUCAGGCCGCCAUGCAGCUCGCUAAACACGAGAGAGAUGCACAAAGACAGGCCUACCUGUAUGGAAAACACCUGUCGCUGGGCCACAAGCUCAACUCUGACCUGCAGCCGUUUGUAAGGAGCAGGCUGGGAGAGAUGACAUCGUUCAGUCUGAGCGCCGCCCCGGUGGUUUUCCACCAUCAGAUCGUCGGGAACGAGAGAUGGCACCAGCAGCUGGAGGAGGCAAGGACCUUGAGAAACCAGUUGGACUAUACUAAGCUCUUGGCAGCGGUUAAGUCAGAGAAAGGCGUGAGCUCGGCGGUGGACUUGUGCCGUUACCAUAGCAACAGGGCUCUGGAGGCCAUCCAGGCUUUCCCCUCCUCUGAAGCUCGGUCCGCCCUGGAGAACAUAGCCUCCGCCGUCACCAAAUUUUGACCCAAGCCCACUCAGAGGGGGCACGCCUCCUCCGUGGAGCGCCGAGGCUCUGGCUUUGGUCACGAUGCUGUCGCCAGGGUUUUUCCUUCAGAAACUCCUCCAACUGUUCAUCACGGGAUGAAAAAAUCUCCUCACUCUGGCUUGCGGCCAGCUGUUUUGGAGGCUCCCUCCUCCUCCUCCUCCUCUUCCACAGCGAAAAAUAUCCCAGCAGGCUACUGUUUUUUUUUUUUUUUUUUUAGUUGUCAUUGUUACCUGGCUUAUCAGCAAAGCCACAUACCGGGCAGAACAUCAUUUAAGAUGUUUUGAUGAAUCGUCUGUGUCAUCUGGAAAAUGUGCCAUGAGCAGUAAAUGAUGCUUGUUCUCAAAAAUGUCCCAUUAUUCAACCUGCUUAAUAGUGCAGAGAUGACUCUAGAAACUGUAGCUGCUGCUGCUGGUUUUGCUCUCUGCCAAACUAAAGAGUUUAACUGAAGAAAAGAAGUCCUGUUUUGUUGGUUAUGCUGCUAAGAACUGCUGUUACGCAGAGGAUAGACUGGGGAGAAUCCGGAGGUCAUAAUGUCAUCAAUGUUGCCUUGUUAUGUCAGUCUCAACGCCUGUUUGUGUGUGUGUGAGAGAUUUGAAGCAACCCAGGGGCAUGGAAAGGUCACCCAAACCUCUCCCCUAUGGGCCAGCCAGCGAGCGCAUUGAAGCUCCGCCAAGCAGUAAUUAUUAAUGAAGAGACCUGAGCAAAUGGACAGGAAAUGCAGAGGUAUUGAUUGGGCUGGUUGCCCUGCUCUAAGGCGUGCAGACUGGCGCCAGCCUGGUGGCCUGUGGUUUCCCAGGCUGAUGUCUGUGGAGGGCAUGAUGUGGGCGGAGGGGGGAGGCAACUAAGGUGUGAAGCCAGGCCACCGCUGGCAGCUGUCUGUCACAUACCGACUACAGGUUGUCUAAGGAGGGGACGGGAAAGACAAGUUAUUCACAGCCGAUAUUUAACUUUAAAUAAAUGUGUGGAUGGAGAUUAUUUCCAAAGAUA